AUGAUGAACUCCAAACAACAGAAUGACGUUGUACCAUUGGUACCGACUAUGUCUCUAGAAUCGCCCCCAGGUCACAACCAGCUGGCUCGUGAUCAAGGCUACCGUGCCUGGCUUCAGGUUUUGGGAUCUUUUAUGGUAUUCUUCAGCACAGCGGGUAUGGCCAAUAUGUUCGGAGUGUAUAUGACUUUUUAUUUGGACGAAAAGAAAUUUGACGCCUCGGUAUCGGCAAUCUCAUGGAUUGGGUCUCUGCAAGCAGCCCUUUGCCUUGCUCUAGGGAUUAUUACAGGCCCGCUGUAUGAUCGUGGUUACUUCUACCAUCUCGUAUACACUGGGUCAUUCCUCGUUGUGCUUGGCCAGAUGAUGCUCAGCUUAUCCAGUUCUUACUACCAGGCUUUUCUCUCUCAGGGGGUCUGCAUGGGCCUUGGAGCGGGACUGGCUUUGUUACCUUCUUUCUGCAUUGUUGUUACAUAUUUUGAUCGGCACUUAGAGGUAGCGACCGGGAUUGCUUACAUGGGGGGCGGCGUGGGUGGGAUUAUCCUCCCAAUCAUCUUCAGUCAAAUUAUCUACAAAGUAGGGUUUGCCUGGGCUACUCGGGUAGUUGGGUUAGUCCUUUUUGUCCCUCUGCUCAUUGCCGCUUCCGUCUUUCGUCCCCUGAAAAAGUCAGAGCGUCCUCGCCCCUCCAGACAGUUCAUGAGCUGGGACAUGUUUAAAGAGCCAUCAACUGUCGUCUUCCUUCUAGGAGUCAUAGUAGCAAUCAUGUCGGUUAACAUACCUGCCUACUACGUGCAGGAGUAUGCUUCGGCCAUUAACAUCAAAGACGAAGUCCUAAUUUCCUACAUAUUGCCAAUCUAUCUGGCUGCCUACACGUGUGGAUGUUUUGGUCUGAAUGCAUUAGCAAACUGGAUUGGCCCAUUUAACGUGAUUUCAGUCUCUGUCGGCCUCAGUGGCGCGCUGACCUGGGCUCUCGUUGACUUGAAUGACAAAGGGGGUCUGGUUGUUGUGGUUGUGUUUCUUGGCUUUCUCUCUGCAGCUCCCUCAUCCCUACAGCCAGCAUGUUACGUCAAACUCUGCCCUGAUAUCCAACAAAUGGGCUCGCGUAUGGGAUGCGGCUACAUGGCCUCAACUAUAGGGAGCCUUGUGGGGGCCCCAAUCGCGGGCGCUAUUCUCGAUCGUUACGGAUAUAAUCCGGUUUGGAUAUUCUCCGCUUCCAUGUCACUUAUGGGCGCAGCUAUUUUCAUCAUUAGUCGGGGAUUCCACAUUGGUUGGAGAACUUGGAUAAAAGUAUAG